ACAUAGUUUUCUUUUUUUUUUAAAGGCAUAUCGUACGGUCGCAAUUCCCACCCAGAUAUAAAUAAAAGGCCAUUUUGAAUCAUGACCCUGUCUUUCACUACUCCCCAUCUGUUAAAUUUCGAACACUAGGGUUCAAUUUUCUCCAACAAUGACCCUCACUCUAUUCCUCUGACUUCCCAUAGACCACAAUACACUCACCCCAGGCAAAAAAUUUCGUUUCAAAAUUGUGAUAUGGACGGAAGAGCGAGCAGCAGCGUGGGCGGAGAAGCAUCGCCAGCUCCAGCACCGGUGCCGAUAACGAAUGCGAACGCGCCGCCGCCUUUCUUGAGCAAGACAUACGAGAUGGUAGAGGACCCUUCGACGGACUCGAUAGUGUCGUGGAGUCCAACGAACAACAGUUUCGUGGUUUGGAACCCUCCCGAGUUCGCCAGAGAUCUCUUGCCCAAACACUUCAAGCACAACAACUUCUCCAGCUUCGUUCGCCAAUUAAACACCUACGGAUUUAGGAAGGUAGAUCCAGAUCGCUGGGAAUUUGCAAAUGAGGGAUUUUUGAGGGGUCAAAAGCACUUGCUUAAGACUAUAACUCGGCGGAAACCUGCCCAUGGUCAUAAUCAACAGGCACAGCAAGCACAUGGACAGAGUUCAUCUGUUGGGGCUUGUGUUGAAGUUGGGAAGUUUGGACUUGAGGAAGAGGUUGAGAUUCUCAAGAGAGAUAAGAAUGUGCUCAUGCAAGAGCUUGUGAGAUUGAGGCAGCAGCAACAGGCUACUGAUAACCAGCUGCAGAGUAUGGUUCAGCGCCUUCAAGGAAUGGAGCAACGACAGCAACAAAUGAUGUCAUUCCUUGCAAAGGCUGUUCAGAGUCCUGGUUUUUUAGCUCAAUUUGUACAACAGCAAAAUGAGAGUAGUAGACGCAUAACGGAGGCAAAUAAAAAACGCCGGCUUAAGCAGGAGGGUAUUGGUGAAAUGGAACAUACUGCUGCUUCUGAUGGCCAAAUUGUUAAAUAUCAACCUCUGAUAAAUGAAGCAGCAAAAGCAAUGCUGAGGCAAAUGAUGAAAUUGGAUACUUCUCGACUAGAAUCUUUUAGUAAUAACGCUGAUAAUUACUUGAUUGGUGAUCAUUCAUCAUCAUCCGGUGCAACGGACAGGGGAAACUCUUUGAGCCGGACUUCUGGAGUAACACUUCAAGUGGUCCCUCUGACUACAAUCCAGUCUUCUCACAUUCCAUCUGCAACAGGGAUAGGGGAUGACCCUUCAACAGGAAAAUCUGAGAUUCUAUCUACUCCUCAAGUUGUAGCCUGUGAUGAAGUUACGAAAGCUCAGUACUCUAAUGUAAAUGUUUCGGUUGGAGAAUCUAAUGCACCUGCUAUCCCUGUUACUCAAACAGAUGAAAUCAUGCGGGACCUCUCUACAAUACCAGACAUAGUGGCAGGAAAUAUUCUUGAUAUUCCUCAAGAAAAUUAUAUGGCACCUGAGACAGGCGGUGAAGGAUAUAUGGAUCCUACUUCAUUUGGAGUGAAUGUGUCAUUGCCCAUUGAUUUUGAUAGUAUUUCACCUGAAGCAGACAUUGAUGAUUUGUUGAACAAUCCUCACUUUUGGGAUGAUAUUUUGCGAACUCCAGUGUCAGAGGAGAUUGAUACGAAUGAUGCUGAAGUAUUCAAGGAGAAUGAGGUGCAGCCAAUGGAAAAUGGAUUGGACAAAUCACAAAAUAUGGACCAACUUACUGAGCAGAUGGGCCUACUUUCUUCUGAUGCCAAAAGAAUUUGAGUGUAUUAUGAAAGUGUACAUUAUUAAUAUUUCAUAUUGUGCAAGGUAACCUUAGCCUAGACAAUGGGUUAUGUUGUUUUAGCUAAUUACACCUCCAAUUGCUCACUCAGGACUCACAUGCUUUUUUGUUUGGUCUGGUUUAGUUUGUGCAUAUGAGACCGAACCUAAUUGCUUUUGUAGAUUUACGUUCAUUUUUCCUUAGACCCGUACCUGGUUCUGUUCUAUUGUCAUCCCUUAAUGUAAGUAAGGUUCUAAGAGGCUAGCUUAUUGAUGUGAAGCGUCUUAGAAAUGUGUAAUUUUUUAAAAGUCAUAUCAA